UGUUCGCGUGCGUGCAUUUCUCACCGUUUCUCUAUUCUCCUUAACUAAUUUACCAGAAUUGAAUCUCCAUCCUUGAAUUGGAUCAUAAUUUCCACCCCAAAAUCAGAAUGGAACUCAAAAUCGGUGAGCUACAAUCGAAAGUUGUUUCAACCUUACCCUACCUAUCUUUGUUGUCGUCUUCUUCGUCAUCACUACUGCCGUUUUGAACUCACAUACUCAUUUAUCGAUUCACGAUUUUGCUCUUUCUCCAAUUUGUCAAGCUCAAAGCUCAAAUUCAAACCCCAGCAGCUGAAUUCGUCUAAUUCAUUUAUGUUUUACGCUGCAAAUUAAUGGUUUUGCAUUCUUCGGCCACACACACUUCACCUCUUCGGUGCGAUUUCUCACAGAGGAAAACCCUAUAUCUCCCCCAAUUACCUCUCCUAGGUCUUUGUCCUUGCACUUGCGCUUCAUAUUCUCACAUUUUUCAGGGGAGGAGAGGCGUAGGCGCUAGAAAUGUAGGAUGGGCUAUGUUCCAAGCUCAAUCGCGCAUCAAUGGCGGAAAAAACAUUGUAUUGAAGCGGUUUUCCGAUGAGGGUGAAUUAAACAGUCAAUCUACAUCUGAUUCGAGCAUUAAAGCUAGUAAUUGUUACAGCACAAGUUUUGGGGAGGAUCCUAUUGUGAAUAAGCUGAGGAGUCAGCUCGGGGUCACCCAUUCUAUUCCAUAUCCGCCCAUAAAUCGCAGUAUUAUCGGCCUACUUGGUUUCUUCUUUUUUGUUGGUGUUGUAUUCGAAAAGGUAUGGGCGUGGAGGAGGGCAGAAGCGAGGAGUGGAGGCAGUAAACUCGGGAGUCAGCAGAAGGUGUCGUUGUUCCUCGAGAAGGAAUUGCAGAGGAAAGAGUCGGUGGAAUGGGUGAAUAUGGUGUUGGGGAAGCUGUGGAAGGUGUAUAGAGGUGGGAUUGAGAAUUGGAUAAUUGGAUUGCUGCAGCCUGUCAUUGACAAUCUGAAGAAGCCGGAUUAUGUGCAGAGGGUGGAGAUCAAGCAGUUCUCUUUGGGUGAUGAGCCACUGUCUGUUAGGAGCGUCGAGCGCAGAACCUCGCGCCGUGCUAAUGACUUGCAAUACCAGAUAGGCCUCCGGUACACUGGUGGUGCGCGUAUGCUUCUACUUUUGUCACUUAACUUUGGUAUCCUUCCCAUUGCUGUGCCUGUCGGUGUGCGAGACUUUGACAUUGACGGGGAACUAUGGGUUAAACUGCGACUUAUACCAACAGAGCCAUGGGUGGGAGCUGUAUCGUGGGCUUUUGUCUCUCUUCCAAAGAUAAAGUUUAAGUUAUCACCAUUUCGCUUGUUUAAUUUAAUGGCAAUUCCCGUACUUUCAAUGUUUUUGACAAAACUUCUCACGGAGGACUUACCAAAGCUAUUUGUGCGUCCCAAAAAGAUAGUUAUUGAUUUUCAGAAGGGAAAGGCUGUUGGACCUGUUCCCAUGGACUCCAAAUCUGGAGAAACUCAAGAGGGAAACAGUAACUUUGCAGGAGAAUUGUCCGUGACACUUCUGGAUGCUCGGAAACUUAAUUAUGUAUUCUAUGGAAGAACAGAUCCAUUUGUUAUUUUAAGAUUGGGAGAUCAAGUUGUACGUAGUAAAAAAAACAGCCAAACUACAGUUAUCGGGCCUCCUGGCGAGCCAAUCUGGAAUCAAGAUUUUUAUAUGUUAGUUUCCAACCCUAAGAAGAAUAAAUUGUCAAUCGAAGUAAGGGAUUCUCUUGGAUUCACAGACCUAACUGUAGGUACUGCAGAGAUUGAUCUUGGAUCUCUGAAAGAUACAGUUCCUGCAGACAGGAUAGUUGUACUUCGAGGAGGUUGGACUCCAUUUGGAAAUGGAUCGACUGGAGAAAUUCUGCUGCGUUUGACAUACAAAGCAUAUGUUGAGGAUGAAGAAGAUGAAAGGUCCAACAAAGUACUCGCAAAUACAGAGGCAUCCCAGAACGACUUGUCUGAUUCUGAUGAACCUGAUUUCACAAUCCCUAAACGUGCGGAGGAAUACGUAGUUGCAACAGAUACCGAGUCUUUCAUGAAUGAUCUAGCAGCACUGUUAGUAAGUGAGAAGUUCCAAGGUAUAGUAGCCUCAGACACCACGAAUAACAGGUCUCCAGAUGACAGAGCCAACAAUGGUGCAUCUGAACCAAAUGAUGGAGCCAACAACGGUGCUUCUGAACCAAACAACACCGCUUCUGUGUCUGGACAGCAAACUCCAGCUAAUGAUUCUGGUGGUUCUCAAGGAUCAACUUUAUUUUGGCUUGCCAUUGUUACAAGUAUCACUGUCCUUGUAGCGUUGAACGAUGACUCCUCGGGUUUGUUCAAUCCUUGAUGAACCAACCAUUGAAGCUCUAUUUCAAAGUCAUCUUGUAUUUAUAUGUUGGUGAAGACUGCAUAAGGUGGUGGAGAAGAGUGUAGAUGUAGACUGCUUUUCCUUUUGGUGUAAGUGAAGUUAUUGUUAUUAGAAGCAAUGUUUGUCAAUCCUACAUAUUCUUUAUUAUAGAUAGUCACCAUAUCAUUCUUUAUUAAAAUUGUUUAUAGAUAAAAACACAAAUGAGUAAUAUUGCUAA